AUACGUCCUACCGUUCCGAGGAAGGAAGCCCUUGCUCUAACGGCCGCUGAAAUGGCCACCUUACACCACUGUACCUGCUCUCGGUUAUACGCUGUACUGCACGACCUGCAAGGCUGAGCGAUAUCCCACUCCACACCGAUUACCCCUCCUCAAUCCAUCCCACUAUCAGUAAAUAAACAACCCCCUAACAUCCCACCACCACCACCACCACCAACCUCCCAUCCCACAACUCCCCAACCAUGAGCCGAGCCUCAGAACCUCAAUCCCCCCCCGGCGACGCCGCCCCCGAGAUCCUCGAUGGGAGGAUCUGGGUCGACGGGUGCUGGGACUUCUUCCACCAUGGCCACGCCGGCGCAAUGCUCCAAGCGCGCCAACUCGGCACCGAACUCGUAGUAGGCAUCCACUCCGACGAAGCAAUCCUCGAGAACAAAGGCCCAACAGUCAUGACACUCCAGGAACGCAUCGCCGCCGUCGACGCCUGCCGCUGGGUCACCGCCUCCGUCGCCUACGCGCCCUACGUCACCUCUCUCCCCUGGAUCUCGCACUACGGAUGCAAGUAUGUCGUUCACGGGGACGACAUCACCUCCGACAGUGCCGGGGAGGACUGUUACCGCUUCGUCAAAGCGGCGGGGCGAUUCAAAGUCGUGAAGCGCACGCCGAGUAUCUCGACGACGGAUUUGGUGGGCAGGAUGCUCCUGUGCACGCGCACGCAUUUUAUUAAAUCACUCACGAACUUGUUGGAGGGGAAGGAGGGAUCGGGAAGCGAGGCGGAGAGGGUGGAGGAGGGAAAGGCAAUGGCGGCGCGCAUGCGCCUCUACGCUACCGACGCCACGGGCCUCAAUCCCGGCGCAGACGUGUGGUUCUGGUCCGCCUCCGCCAGCGCGCGCGAGGACAACACCGCCGAAGAAAAGGGCACAUUCAACUCUCUCUGCGCCGGGCUCAAACCGCAGCCGGGCCAGCGCGUGGUCUACGUCGACGGGGGCUUUGAUCUCUUCUCAUCUGGCCACAUUGAGUUCCUGCGCCGUGUGAUUGAGGCCGAGGAAGCGCUUGGGCGCGAGGAAGGGUGGUAUAGCGAGGAAGCUACGGGUGAGCGGACGGGGAGGGGGGCCGAUUAUGGACCCGCGUUUGUGGUUGCCGGGGUUCAUGAUGAUGAGACGAUUAAUCGGUGGAAGGGAGUCAACUACCCCAUCAUGAACAUCUACGAGCGCGGCCUCUGCGUGCUGCAAUGCAAGUACGUCUCCGCCGUCGUCUUCGGCGCGCCCUUCACCCCCUCGUCAGCGUACUUGAGCUCCAUGCCCUGGGGCACGCCGGACGCGGUGUACCACGGCCCGACGAGCUUUAUGCCGCUGACGUAUGAUCCGUACGCGGCGGCGAAGGAGAUGGGGGUGUAUAGGGAGAUUGGGGAGCAUGUGUUUCAGCAUGUUAAUGCGGGGGAGAUUGUGGAGAGGAUUAUGAGGAGUAGGGAGAGGUAUGAGGCGAGGCAGAGGGCGAAGGGGGAGAAGGCUGUUGGGGAGAAGGCGCAGAGGGAGAGGGAGGUGUUGGAGGAGGAGCAGAGGAGGAGGGAGGAGGAGAGGGGGGAGGAGAAGGCGUAG